CCACUCUUGAUGCGGAGUACCCCGAGUUUACGGGGUCGGAUCUCCCGAAAGCGCAAUUCUUCGAUGGACAAAGUCAUGGCAAUCUGAUAGCAAGACUCGGCCGCGAGAAUGCCGGCCGCCUCCGCCGCGGCAAAUGGUAUGCACGUCAGAUCGAAUCUGGCCGUACGGGUUUAGAUAACGUUCCCUUGCAUUGAUUUAUUCAGGCUGGAAUUCUCCAGUCACGUUUUCAGCACGCCAGAAAAAGACUUCAGGAGUAUAUCGCAUGAGCCUGUAAAGAUCUCAUUGCGAUUUCGUCAAAAUGGACCAAAUCUCACUCGAGAAGAAGGAUGACCAGCAGGUGACUGCGAAUGUGGGAGAUGUAGAGAUUGCCGCAGCAGAAGAACAGGAAAAGACGUAUUACAAUAAACUCUCUGUCUGGUUGAUGGUAUUGUUUUCUGGUCUGGCAAUUGGUUCUGAUGGAUAUAAUGCUGCCGUUAUCGGUAAUGUCGAGCUGCUCUUGGCUGUCCUGUAUCCGGAUGCGUUGACGACAUCGAUCUACCAGCGACUUUCUAAUGCCUUCUUGAUCGGCAUGAUAGUAGGCAUGCUUCUGUUUGGCACCGUUGUUGAUCAGCUAGGUAGAAAGACCGGUGCCAUUGCUACGACUAUCUUGCUGGUACUUGGCAUCGUUUUAUCAACCGCUGCCAACGGGACAAGUGUGACUGGUCUGUUCUGGAUGCUAAUCAUCGCUCGAGGAAUUGCUGGAGUUGGAGCCGGCGGCGAAUAUCCCGUCUCCGGUGCUGGUGCAGCAGAGGCCACGGACGAAAACAAUGGCUUACGAAAGCACCGUGGGUUCAUGUUUGCCAUGAUCGCGGAUCUUUCUGCUUCUCUAGGCUAUGUCUGGGGUGGGUUAGUUCCACUGUUGCUGCUUCUAUGUGUCGGGCAGAAAGAAGAACAUUAUGAUAUUGUGUGGAGGACAUCGUUUGCACUGGGGCUGGUGCCGCCUUUGGCGAUAUUUUGGUUCCGUAUUCGCAUGGCCGUAUCUACCGCCUACCGCAAGUCGGCCAUGCGAAAGCAAAGAACACCCUACUUGCUUGCAUUUAAGCGAUAUUGGCGUCCAUUUAUAGGAAGUGCCGCGACUUGGUUUCUCUAUAAUUGGAUCUCAAUUCCGUUCGGCAUUUUCAGCUCAACCAUCAUUUCCCGCACCAACACCGAGAACAGCCUCGUCAAGAAUCUGGGAUGGGGAGUCGUCAUCAAUUGUUUCUACAUACCUGGCCCUUUCAUUGGAGGCUAUCUUUCUGAUAAGAUCGGACGACGCAAGACCAUGGCACUAGGGUUUGGUUUACAAGCAGUCCUUGGUUUCAUCCUUGGCGGCGCGAUCGUGCCGAUUCAGGAAGUGUUUCCACUGUUCGUGGUCUUGUACGGCAUUUUUUUGACACUUGGAGAAGUCGGCCCUGGGUCCACAGUAGUCUUGGUUGCUUCUGAAUGCUUUCCGACCUCGAUACGGGGUCAGAUGAUGGGCCUCGUUUCUGCUUGUUCCAAGGCUGGUGCUGCAAUUGGUACUCAAGUGUUUACUGCGAUUCUGAACUCCUAUACCGAUUCGUCGAAAGGAGACCAAGUUGCCUUCCUCAUCGGCUCGGCUUUUGCUGUUUUAGGUGCUCUCAUCGCAUUCUUCAUGAUUCCUGACGUCUCGAGACAGCUCGACGACGACGAUGCAGCGUGGAAGGUGUACCUUUCUGAUCACGGUUGGGUUGCUGAAUGGGGUGACAACGUUACAAAAGAUCCGGUUGGUGUGGUACUCAACCAACGGGUUUCAUAGAUGCCUAGUUUUGCAACGUUGAUUGCUUCUUAGAUGCUACGUUAUGCCCGAGCGAGAUAACGAGCAAGAGCCAGUCAUGGCUUGUAGAGAUAUGGAAGACGUCGAUAGAAGAGUUAUCAAUAGCGUAAUAUUCGAUCGUUUCAUCGGAUAUUCACGAUUGUUUAUAUCAAUGCCUACCGGCGUCUCUCGUAUCAGGUCUCUCUUCUCUUGAAACCUACAGUUGAUAGCCAG